AUGGGCAAUACUGAAAGUAAUGUUACUAGUGGCGUCAAGAAACAAGCGGGAGCAGCACUUCAACCGAUUUAUAAGUUAUGCGAUCUUAAAGGUGGUGGUCUGUUGGUUGAAUUAAUGAAGAGGGCUACACAGAACAAACAAUAUGCCGAAAUUGAUCAUGCUAUCAAAACUAAAGUUGAACAUUUUUUGUACAACAAGGGGGCUGGUCGAUAUAUUCCAAUAUCUCAGUUGGUUCUGUUGAGAAAUAAGGAAAGAGCUAGACACAAAUUGUUGCCACAGCUAAGAACUAUGGAAAAUCCCGAAGACUUUGAAGUUAAUGAUGAAGGUCCCGAAGUUUCCGAAGAAGAAUAUCAAAAGAAUGCAAACGUGAAUAUUCAUGAACGAUGUUUUGGAAAUUUUAUGUGCCCUGAAGAUCAAAAGUUUUCAAGAUCAGAUUCUUUAGAUCAUGAAUGGGUAAAUGUUUGUCAAGAAACAAACUACGAAGGAUACGUCUACUGGGGAGAAUACCCACUAACAUUCGCUGCUUGUUUGGGACAAGAAGAAAGUUUUCGAUUAAUUUUAGCUAGAGGAGCUGAUCCAGAUGCUCAAGAUUCAAACGGAAAUACCGUGUUGCAUUUAUUGGUUAUUAAGGAAAAGUCGGAACAUUUUGAUAUGGCAUAUGAAGUAGGCUCUAGCCUUUCCAUUAGAAACAAUCAGAAUUUGACACCUUUAACAUUAGCUGCGAAGUUAGCAAGAACCGAGAUGUUUUUUCAUAUUUUAAAUUUGGAAAGAGAAAUAUAUUGGCAAAUAGGAAGUAUAACUUGUGCUGCGUAUCCUUUAUCCCAAAUAGAUACUAUAGAUAUGGAAACAGGACAUAUAUGUAAAAUUUCUGCUUUAAAUUUAGUAGUUUUUGGGGAUAAAGAUGAACAUUUGGAACUAUUAGAUGGACUCUUGAUAGAUUUAUUAAAUGCCAAGUGGAACACUUUUGUUAAAUUCAAAUUUUACAGGCAAUUUUUUACUUUUGCUUUCUACUUCAUAAUAUCACUUUUUGCAUUUACACUUAGACCGGGGCCUCCAGAAGCAUCCAAAGCGGCGAAAAAUUCCACGAAUGCCACUAUUCAUAGUCAGCCUAAUAGUACUGUUAAUACUUCAUUAAAUGUUAUAUUGCAUAUAAAUGAAACUUUGAAAAAGAUAAAAUCCAAAGGAGGCAAUGGAAAUGAUGAUGAUUAUGACGUCGAAGAGUGGUGGGAAAAUUUAAGAGAGGAAUGCAGACUUAUGCAGCUCGAUUCAUUGGAAGCUAAAAUAAGGAUAGGUGCUGAAGUAGCUAUAACAAUUGGAUCAUUUUUAUAUUUGGUGGCUGCUUUUCGCGAGGCGGGUUUUCUGGGGCUAAGAAUGUUUUUUGAGAAUCUUGUAUGCUAA